CUCCUCUCCGUCUCGGUCUCCGUCUCCCUCUCUCUCCCUCCGUCUCUCUCUCCCUUUCUUUCACCCCCGGUGCAACUUUUGCAGGCGCCCCGGCACACGCAGCCAUGCCGCGCUGAGAGCGGGGGCACCGCGCCAGCCCCCCUCCUUCCCUCCCUCCCUCCUUUCCUCCCUCCCUCCCUCUCUCCUUCCCUCCCUCCCUCCCUCCCUCCCUCCCCAGCGCCGCCGUCCCGAGCCGGGGGGGCCCCGCCGCCCGCCGCCCCUGCCCGGCCCCGCGCCUCGCCCCGGCCCCGGCCCCGGCCCGGCCCGGCCCGGCCCGGCGCCGCCGCCCCCCGCCCGCUCGCCCGCCCGCCCCGGCCGCGUCGGAGGGCCGGCAGCGGGGCUGGAUGUGCCCGGCUCCCCCCGCGCUGAGGCGGGCAGCGAUGCAGAAGGCAGGCGGCAGCUUCGCCUCCGCCGAGAGACACCCGCUCAAGAUGGCAGAUGUGUGUUGAGUUUGGGGGGCUGCGAUCUCGCGUCGUUCGUGGCGGCGUUGCCAUGAAUAACAGGCGUCCUUGCACCGAUGGCCCCCAUGUACGAAGGUAUGGCCUCGCAUGUGCAAGUUUUCUCUCCUCACACCCUUCAGUCAAGUGCCUUCUGUAGCGUGAAGAAACUGAAAGUGGAGCCGAGUUCAAACUGGGAUAUGACUGGGUACGGCACACACAGCAAAGUCUACAGCCAGAGCAAGAACGUGCAGUCAUCCCAAGCAGCCGCCGCAGCAGCCGUCAACGCCUCCCUCCAGAUCCCCAAUCCGAGCAUCCCUUACGAACAGACCAUCAUCUUCCCAGCAAGCACGGGGCACAUCGUGGUGACAUCCGCCAACAGCACUUCUGGUGUGGUUGCAGUGUCUGGGCAAACACUGGGCGGGCCACACAACCUGAUGCGUCGCAGCACUGUGAGCCUUCUGGACACCUACCAAAAAUGUGGACUUAAGCGCAAGAGUGAGGAGAUCGAGAACACAAGCAGCGUGCAGAUCAUCGAAGAGCAUCCACCAAUGAUUCAGAACAAUGCCAGUGGAGCCACUGUAGCCACCGCCACCACUUCCACGGCCACCUCCAAAAACAGUGGCUCCAACAGUGAAGGGGAUUACCAGCUGGUGCAACAUGAGGUGCUCUGUUCCAUGACCAACACUUACGAAGUGUUAGAGUUUCUUGGCCGUGGAACUUUCGGACAAGUAGUGAAAUGCUGGAAACGUGGCACUAAUGAGAUUGUGGCUAUCAAGAUCCUAAAGAACCAUCCUUCCUAUGCCCGGCAAGGCCAGAUUGAAGUGAGCAUCCUGGCUCGGCUGAGCACAGAAAGUGCAGAUGACUACAACUUCGUCCGUGCAUAUGAGUGCUUCCAGCACAAGAAUCACACGUGCUUGGUCUUUGAAAUGUUGGAGCAGAACCUCUAUGACUUCCUAAAACAAAACAAAUUCAGUCCCUUGCCCCUGAAGUACAUUCGACCAAUUCUCCAGCAGGUAGCAACUGCCCUAAUGAAGCUGAAAAGCCUAGGACUUAUUCACGCUGAUCUCAAACCAGAGAACAUCAUGUUGGUAGACCCAUCCCGACAGCCAUACAGGGUCAAGGUCAUAGACUUUGGUUCAGCUAGCCAUGUGUCUAAAGCUGUGUGUUCUACCUACCUUCAAUCCAGAUAUUACAGAGCCCCUGAAAUCAUCCUUGGUUUACCGUUUUGUGAAGCAAUCGAUAUGUGGUCGUUGGGAUGUGUCAUUGCAGAGCUGUUCUUGGGCUGGCCGUUGUACCCGGGAGCUUCGGAGUAUGAUCAGAUUCGCUAUAUUUCACAGACGCAGGGCUUACCAGCAGAGUAUUUGUUAAGUGCAGGGACAAAGACUACAAGGUUUUUCAACAGGGAUACAGACUCACCCUAUCCUUUGUGGAGACUGAAGACGCCAGAUGAUCAUGAGGCAGAGACGGGGAUUAAGUCGAAGGAAGCAAGAAAGUACAUUUUCAACUGUUUGGAUGAUAUGGCACAGGUGAACAUGACAACAGAUUUGGAAGGAAGUGAUAUGUUGGUGGAAAAGGCAGACCGGCGGGAGUUUAUAGAUCUGUUAAAGAAGAUGUUGACGAUAGAUGCAGAUAAGAGAAUAACACCCAUUGAAACUCUGAACCACCCCUUUGUCACCAUGACACACUUGCUGGAUUUCCCUCACAGCACACAGUGUUUAUGGCACAGAUCCAGUUAUCAAGAUAUUACCGGUAGGAGAAGAAAGAUGACCAUUGUCAAGUCCUGCUUCCAGAAUAUGGAGAUUUGCAAGCGGCGGGUGAAUAUGUAUGACACAGUGAACCAGAGCAAGACACCAUUCAUCACCCAUGUAGCCCCGAGCACAUCAACCAACCUGACCAUGACUUUUAACAACCAGCUGAAUACAGUUCACAACCAGACCACCAACCUGGCUCCCACCUCCUCCAGUGCCACUAUUUCCUUAGCCAACCCUGAGGUCUCCAUACUAAAUUACCAAUCUGCACUCUACCAGCCCUCAGCGGCGUCCAUGGCUGCGGUGGCCCAGCGGAGCAUGCCCCUGCAGACAGGAACAGCGCAGAUCUGUGCCCGGCCCGAUCCCUUCCAGCAAGCUCUCAUUGUCUGCCCACCAGGCUUCCAAGGGUUACAAGCCUCCCCUUCGAAGCAUGCUGGGUAUUCAGUUCGGAUGGAGAACGCCGUUCCCAUUGUCACUCAGGCUCCUGGAGCCCAGCCUCUUCAGAUCCAGCCAGGACUCCUUGCACAGCCUGUCAUUACAACCUACGUGGGCCGGCGCUGUUGUUUGGUAGGAAAGGAGAGCCUAAGAGGCAGGGGAAACAAAAACAAUGGCAAAGCGAGAAGCAGUCUGCAGGCACGGUUGCAGGCACGUAUUGCUUGUGCAAGAAGUCAGCCAAGGCAGUGGGUGAAGGAGCAAGCGUGGCCCAGUGGCACUCAGCAGAUCCUGCUCCCUCCCGCCUGGCAGCAGCUCACUGGGGUGGCCACCCACACUUCUGUCCAACAUGCGACCGUCAUCCCGGAGUCCAUGGCAGGCACCCAACCGCUGGCAGACUGGAGGAACACCCAUGCUCACGGCAGCCAUUAUAACCCGAUCAUGCAGCAGCCCACGCUGUUAGCUAGCCAUGUGACUCUCCCCGCCGCCCAGCCCGUCAACGUGGGUGUUGCUCACGUCAUGCGCCAGCCACCCGCCGCCACCACCUCCACCAGGAAGAGUAAGCAGCACCAGUCGGCGACCCGAAAUGCAUCCACCUAUGAAGUGUCAUCCUCUCAAUCCAUUGGCUCGCCUCAGCGGUCAAAACGAGUGAAGGAAAACACGCCUCCCCGCUGUGCCAUGGUGCACAACAGCCCUGCCUGCAGCACCUCGGUCACAUGCGGCUGGGGAGAUGUGGCGACCAGCACCACGCGGGAGCGGCAGCGGCAGACGAUAAUCAUUCCUGACACCCCUAGCCCCGCAGUGAGUGUCAUCACUAUCAGCAGCGACACAGAUGAAGAGGAGGAGCAGAAGCAUGCACCCACCAGCACCUUGUCCAAGCAAAGGAAGAACGUCAUCAGCUGUGUCACCGUGCAUGACUCCCCUUACUCCGAUUCCUCCAGCAACAACAGCCCUUAUGCCGUGCAGCAUCGCGCAGGGCAGAAUAACGGGAACACCUACGACACCAAAGGGGUUCCAGAGACUCACUGCAGUGGGAACCCCCGAACGAUCAUCGUGCCACCACUGAAAACCCAGGCCAGUGAGGUGUUGGUAGAGUGCGAUAGCCUGGCGCCAGUCACCACCAGUCACCACUCAUCCUCCUACAAGUCCAAGUCCUCCAGCACCGUGACCUCCACCAGCGGUCACUCUUCAGGGAGCUCGUCUGGAGCCGUUGCCUAUAGGCAGCAGCGACCAGGAGCACAUUUCCAGCAGCAGCAGCCUCUUAAUCUAAGUCAGGCCCAGCAGCACAUCACGACCGAUCGCACAGGGAGUCACCGGAGACAGCAAGCCUACAUCACUCCAACGAUAGCUCAGGCCCCGUACUCUUUCCCGCACAAUAGUCCCAGCCAUGGUACAGUUCAUCCUCACUUGGCCGCGGCUGCCGCUGCUCACCUGCCCACCCAACCCCACCUCUACACAUACACCGCCCCUGCCGCCCUGGGCUCCACGGGCACCGUCGCGCACCUGGUGGCCUCCCAAGGGUCUGCGCGGCACGCCGUGCAGCACACCACCUACCCCGCCAGCAUCGUCCACCAGGUCCCUGUCAGCAUGGGCCCGCGGGUUCUGCCCUCACCCACCAUCCACCCGAGUCAGUACCAGGCUCAGUUUGCCCAUCAGACCUAUAUCAGUGCUUCUCCAGCCUCCACAGUCUACACUGGAUACCCACUGAGCCCCACCAAGGUCAACCAGUACCCUUACAUCUAAACACUGGAAUAAGGAGCGAGAGACGCACCCAUCCCGGGGGAGUGAGGCGGCCGCUUUUGUACUGAAGAACAUGACAAACUAACAAUGCAAUGGGAGGCUCGCGUGAAACUUGAACGAAGGAGACUUUAAGGAAGAAAUGAAAAAGAGGAAAGAAGGGGGAGAACCAAUUCUACACUUUUUAUUUAAAAAAAAAAAAAAGAAAAUGGAAAAAAAGAACAGAAAAAAAAUAAACCACAAAAAAACAACCAUUCUGCACCAAACUAGAGAGAGAGAGAGAGAGAAGCAGAAGGACCCUCCAGCGGGUCCUGUCUUUUGAAGAACUUCACCAAUAGACUUUAAAAGGUUAUUUUCAUCCAAUAGUGAGCUACAUUUAGAAAUUUGUUGUCCAGAACACCUAAAAUGAAAUCCAUUAGGUUUUUAAUCCAAUAGGUAUAUGGAUUAGGGAUUUAUCCAGUAUUUUUCAAAGGGUUUAUGCCCCAUCUUUGCAGUGGUCUCUGUAUCCCAAAGCACACAUAAGGGUUUUGGGUUUUUUUCUUGGAAAUGGAAAGUGGGUAAGGGAGGAUGAGGGAGGAGGAGAAAAUGUUGUCCCAGUGCUCUAAAUUAGGAUCUAGCACUGCUAGACUUAAAUCCACGUGGGCAAAACAGGCCAUGCAACACUGGUCAAGAGCAGACGCAAUGGGGAUGUUUCUCCCUUUCCUUGAACACACUGGAUAAAUCCCUGAGAAAUGCUAUUCCUAAACAAGGUCUCUAAUAAUGUAUGUUGGAUUUCAGUUGCAUUUCAUUUUAUUUUAUUUGGAAAUUUUCCUUUUCAAUCCCUAGCCGUUUUAGUAUAGGAGGAGACAUUUUAGCUGCCCCCCCACCCCAACCCCGGUAGAAUGUAGCACUAUACAGGUCAUACGCCGUUUUUACUCUUUUGUGUUGAACUUCAACGAUACCAAUAGACUAUUCCUCAAUGUGAUUGCACAAAGAAAAGUGAUAUAACAUAGGCAUGUAACAAAUGUGAUUGUCCAGGUGUGUGCGUGUGUGUGUGUGCGUGCGUGCGUGCGUGUGCGUGCAGAUGCUGCCUUCUCUCUGUGGUGUGUUCCUCGGCACAGCCAUUACAACUGUCACAGUCUUAGUUUUACAUCAUUCCCUCGUAGUGCCUUACCAAACUACAGAUGCGGUUUAAGGGUUUACUUCCACUGGUACUCCUAGAAACUGACUGAGGCUAGUCGGAAUUUACUCUCAGCUCUUUCUUUUUUUUUUUUUUUGGGGGUUGUUAUUGCCGAUUUUCUUCUUCUGCUGGUGGUGUUUUGGGUAUUUUUUUCCCACGUUGUCAAUCUUAGCUCACUUGGCGAGGUGUUGGGGAGGCUCGUCAGGGUUGGAAGUGCAUCUAACUGGGUGUUUUGUUGAGCACUGGAUGGGCUGGAAGUGACCAGGUUGGCUGUGAGACCCAGGGUGACUCCCAGAGGGUCUGGGGAUUCGUUUGUGGACUGGUCUGUUUCUAUCCUGUUGAAAUAGCAGGUUUCCUCCCCAGAAACUGAAUUCUCAUUCUGCUGUUUGCUGACGUUCUUGGUGGACCGAGAGGACAGUGUCCUCCCAAGUUUUCAGGUUGUCCUGGUUGGGUGUCUGAAAUGGGAACAAAACUUUAGCCCGUGAAAGGGGGAAACACUAGUUGUUGCCAACAUCUCUCACUACGUCUGUCAAUGGGAGGGGGUCAGGAAAGGGCUGGAGUCCCAAAGCAAGCAUGAGAAAAUCCAGUUGAGAGAGUCAAACUCAGGUUUCUUAAGUGAAAAGAAUAUUGUAAUACAUCUGGCCUUACCCACUCUAUUGUAGCUGUGACAGCGUGCGCUUCCCCUCCACCCUUCUCACCUAUGCCCUGAAAGAGUGACCCUGGAACCAGAGAGCACGGUGGGCCUGUGGGUCCUCCACGCCCAAGAACGCUACGUGGUCGUCCUGUUUUCCGACAGGUUUCUAAAGAGAGCCUUUCCUAAAGUUGGGUUUGGUUCAGAGGGGAGUUUCACUGAUAACGGCAGUUGCACUGGUGCAUCAGUAUUUGGAAGUGUCUCUAGAGUACCCAUGUCUGUGGAUGGCCUGGGGAGGAAGGAGAGAAGAGAGUUUGAUAUAACGUUUCCAUGUUUCCGUGAAAGCUGAAGUCUACAUGGCUGCUCGGUUCUACUCUACAUCAUUUCCCUGUAAUUAGAUCAUGAAGUAUUCAGGUAUUUCACAAGAUGCUGGAAAACAGCAGGUUCGUCGGCAGGGUGGUGAGGGAUGGUUUCCCUGGUGGCAGUAAGGAAGGAGGUUCUCUCACAUAGGAAAAGCUGACAGAAAGACCAGCAUAAAUAUAUUGUCUUGCGGUAAGUGCUUGGCUGGCCUGGAAGAAGAAAGGAUCCCGCUACACAUAGGCUGUUCAACAAGGCUGUUGUCUUCUGGCAAACCACCAAAUAACCUCCCCGGUUGCCAGCUCUGGUUCCUAGGCUACCCUUGCACAGUUUUUUUCUCCUGCCUGUCCUUCAUUCCAGCUCAAUAUACUGUAGAUGAGGAUGCAAUCUCCCAGCAGCCUAUGCACCUUACCCCCCCCUUCCUUUGGAAAGACAACACAUCCCCUUUCGUCUGAGGCAGGAAAAUAAAGCCCUGCUCUCUCUGUUGCAUUCCUCUCCUCUCCCACCAGUUCGGGAGCGAGAGCGUCAUGCUGCUUGUGUCAUGAAAAGGAAAGAUGUUGUUAUUUUAUUGUAUGGUUGUUAUGAUUAUGAUUAUUAUUUUAUUAUUAUUAUAUUUUACUCUGGGUUUUAAUUGCA